GCGAGUUUCUCUGCGUCUUUGCGUCGUCUCUGCUCAAUUGGUGGUGCUUUUGGAGAUGGAGGAGGAGAGGUUCGAGCCGCUGAGGUGCCUUGGGACAGGGACAUCAUCGGUGGCGAGGCUUGUGAAGGAUAAGAAGACCGAUGAGCUCGUUGCUAUCAAGUAUAUUGAGAGGGGGAAGAAGAUUGAUGAAAAAGUACAGAGGGAAAUCAUUAAUCACAGGUCCCUAAGGCAUCCCAAUAUUAUCCAGUUUAGAGAGGUCCUGCUAACACCGACACAUCUAGCUAUUGUUAUGGAAUUUGGUGCCGGUGGUGAGCUUUUUGAUAGGAUAUGCUACAACGGUCAAUUUAGUGAGGAUGAGGCCAGAUUUUUCUUUCAGCAGUUGAUUUCUGGAGUUAGUUACUGCCACUCACUGGAAAUAUGUCAUCGUGAUCUUAAACUAGAAAAUAUACUCUUGGAUGGAGAUCCAAUUCCGCGUCUCAAAAUAUGUGACUUUGGUUACUCAAAGUCUGGUUUGUUGCAUUCUCAACCAAAAUCAACAAUAGGUACUCCAGCUUAUAUAGCACCUGAGAUUCUGGCCAUGAAGGAGUAUGAUGGCAAGAUGGCUGAUGUUUGGUCUUGCGGUGUCACAUUGUUUGUUAUGCUCAUUGGUUCAUACCCAUUUCAAGAUCCUGACGAUAAGAAAGACAUUCGGAGCGCAAUCAUUAAAAUAAAGAAUGUCCAGUACUCUUUUCCAGAUAAUGUGGCUUUAUCAGCUGAAUGUAAAAAUCUUAUCUCCCGGAUAUUCGUUGCCGACCCAUCCAAGAGGAUCACAACAGAAGAAAUAAAAAAGCAUCCCUGGUUUACAAAGAAGCUGCCUGAAGAGUUUAUGAAAGCUGAUGAACCUGACUACAAUGAUUCAGACAUCGACCCGCGCAGUCAGAGUUUAGAAGAAAUACUGCACAUAAUUGAAGAAGCAAAGAAACCGAUCGAAAGUCUUGACAGCACAGAUUAUGAUUACUGAAUAACUUGAUUUUGUAUCAUUACAUUGCUAGCUGCAUAUUCUUGUAAAUGCUGUCUUUGUUUAUUAUGAACAUUGAUAUGCAAAAGUACGGUCUGAACAUGC